CUCAGUGUGACCAGGCAGAGGCCAGCGUCGCAGGCAGGCAGUGGAGAGAGUGCUGUGCCGCAGAGACGUGCCCGGGGUGGAUAAACCAUGCUCACUGAGCGGGAGAAACACUCUGCCCAGGACACAAGAUGAAGGUAGAGAGGAAGCCCUCCUCCAAAUUCAGCAACUUCAGGGACAUUCCUCCACUGCUGACGCUCCUCAGCCUCUACCUCCUCCUCGUCCUCUUCACGGGUGAGACACUUGGCGUGAACGUGACCAGCCAGACCCAAGUGGUGAGGGGCACGGUGGGCAGAGAGGCCCUCUUGUCGGUCAGCUACUCCAGCAGCACCACUGACAAGCCUGUCAUCAAGUGGCAGGUCAAGAAGGACAAAGUAAAGCCCGUCACCAUCGUUCAGUCAAUCGGCACAGAGGUCAUCGGAAACCUGAGGCCUGAGUAUCGCCACCGAAUCCAGGUGUUCGAGAAUGGCUCCCUGCUGCUCCACAACCUGCAGCUGUCAGAUGAAGGAACGUACGCGGUUGAAAUCUCCAUUACAGACGACACGUUCACUGGAGAGCACUACAUUGAGCUGACUGUGGAUGUUCCUGUGUCAAAACCUUACAUCCAGAUGAUGGCUUCUUCCGUCCUGGAGUACAGCGAGCAUUUCCACCUCCACUGCUCCCACGAUAACGGCACAAAGCCCACAUACAGUUGGCUGAAAGGAGGGAAGGUGCUGACCAAUGACUCACGCCUUCUGCUUUCACACGACCAGAAGGUGUUGACCAUCUCACGCGUCCUGAUGUCCGAUGACGACGUCUAUGCCUGCACUGUGGAGAACCCCAUCAGCAGCAUGAAGAGCGUCCCUGUUCGGCUCACCGUCUACAGACGGAGCUCGUUAUACAUCAUCCUGUCCACCGGGGGCAUAUUCCUCCUAAUCACCCUGGUGACAGUGUGUGCUUGCUGGAAACCUUCCAAAAAGAAGCAUCGACCUGUUCCCCAAAGAGCUCCUCUCUACAUGGAGCAAAGCGAAAAUGGACAUGAUGUUGAUGUGGUGCCGAAGCCAACUACGCUUGGCCGAAGGAGCCCCAUGACUCUUUAUGUUCUCAACGAAGAUGAGACUCUGGAGCAUCUGGAAGAAUCCUCUGGCAACACUGCUGUCCAAUCAGAAAUUAAUAUCCCUGCCACCUAUGUUCCAGUCCUCCCCCCGACCACCAACAGAACUGAACGACCGAUCUGGUCCACGCCCCGCCGGUACCCCCGCAGCCCGUCUCCGCUGGCACAGCCUCUCCCUCAGCCCCUCCCCGCUCCCCUGCUACGUCCUGUCUGCUCUCCGGCUCGCUCCCCGGCGAGCUCUCCGGGGUCCUCUCCCCGCAGUUUCAGCCCGGUGAGGAGGGUCCGUCCUCCAGUGGGCAUCCCAGUCAGCCACCUGCCUGUGGAGGCAGAGUGCACAGACCCCAGCGAUCAGACUCUCAACUCCUCACAGCACUGACAGCCGUAUGGAAAAUAGUUUUCACCCUGAGAUAUGUGAAAUGCAUGUUUAGUUUGGGUCCCACGUUCUAGGUUAACAAUUUUUUCCUAGUGUUGGUAUUUAUGAUGCACUUCUUUAUGGCUAUGCAUAAAAAAAUUUAGAUCCUCUCCUAAGUACGGUUCAGUGUUCUGGUAUAUGCAGAUCUAUUUGUUUUAAUAUUGUGAGUUUUCGAAUUAGAAAAAAAUAUAAUAAAACACAAAACAAAGUCCCAGCCAUAUUUAUCAGCAUUCGUAAAAAAGCCUGAUACUGAAUUUGAAUUUUAUUGAUGCAUUUUCGUCUCGCAUUAAGUGUAAUUAUUCAGUCAGGAAAAUAAAUCCCAUGUUGCAAUAUAAUUGUUUCAAUCAAACAUAUUCAUCAGGCAUCUCUGCUGUUGGUCUCAUCUAAUGGGAUGUGAAUAGAUCAGAGCAUACAUAAAGAGGGAUAUUUAUCUCAUCCUUUUUGCACAUCACCCAGAAUCCUGAACUGUCUUUAUCACCUCAUAGAUUUUAAGUUCUCCAGAUGUUUUAUUUAAUACAUUAAAUGUGAUGCCAUUCACUCUAGUAAAGUUCUCAGGGGCUAUGGAAGAAAAACAGUCCCACACCAUCACAGAUCCUCCACCAUACAUAACAGUGGGGUGUUUUUCUACUACUUCUUUCUUCACGAUUCUCCAAGUAUAAAUAAACUCCCCAGUUAGAUUUAUUUUAGGACAGUUGUUUGAGUUGGCACUGGUGAUUUUGUCAACAAUUGCUUGUUAAGAUAUUUUCUAGCUCUGAAUAAGUACACCCAUAUCAAAGGUCAAUUAAAAAAAUAAAUCUGAGUAAGCUCUGCAGAACAAAAUAGUGUGCCACUAAAUGAGGCAUCCACACAAAAUGUAUAUAAAUCAAUAGUUUUAUGUUUUUUUUACUUAUUUGCUCUUUGUGUUGUUUAUUUUUCUUUCAAGACAUUAAACACACGUUUUAUCUUUUUUUCCCUCCACAUUAGGUCACUUUAUAACAAAUAUAAAAAGAAUAUUGUUAUAGGUUGUAUCUUCUCAUGUACUUUGUGACAAUAAAUCCCGCAGCUCCUGCA